AUGUUCCAUUGGCAGGUUCCGUUGACUCAAGCCCCUAUUACCCCCAGGUUUUCGAAAAUGUCAAGCCGGUGGCUUUUUAUGAGUACAGACCCUCAUGACCUACGAGCAAGAUCUCCGUUACUAUUCGGAACUUGCAUUUUGGCGGGCUUGACCGCGAAUUUGCAUCUCCACGGAUUUCAGACACACCACGCGCUAUAUCGCCAUGUCCACGGCUUAUUGGGUCGGUCGCAUCUUACAUCAAAAGGUUCUCUCGAUACAAUCCAAGCAAUGUUGAUUUUCUCAAUGUGGGAUCUAAGGCCAAUGCAAGACUACGACCAUGGAAAUUCCUGGCUGUUGAGUGGCACGGCGGCAAUGCAACUCAUGUUAACGACCCCCUUUGAAGACCUUGUAAGAAGUGAGCGCCACCAGAAAGCACGCGCCCGCGAGAUUAUACGCACAUGGAAUUUGAUUUUUAUUGCCGAACCAUAUUUUGACCAAUGCGCUAAAGUCCUUGACUUUCCAUCGUAUAAUGCGCGCGACGGGCUUGUUCUUGCCGGUGUUCAAUUAUACCGAGCACUUUGGGGCCUGACUAGUUCAAAUGUGAUCCAGCUAGCCGAUCCGGUAUGGCCUGAGAUUGAUACUUUGCGCAAAGCCCAGGAUAGCAUAUAUAAUCUUGACUCUUCGGAACCCCUGCGCUUUGCUUACUGCUGCGCGUACCUCAUAUUGGCGCGUCGUACAUUGCAACAUAUGAGCGAGUCCCGAUCCGGAGAAGAUGGCAACAGAAAGCCGUUCAUCAUAUUCGCAAUCGAGCAAAGCUACAAAGCACUAGAAUCCUUUCUUGCACUGUCUGACUUGACUAACUAUGUGCAUCCUGCGUAUGAGAACUUGUUGUGCUCAUUCGCAAUGGUGACCCUGUGUGAGUUUGUGGCAUAUGCGACCAAUAUUAGCGAGGUGAUUGUUCUGAUGGAAAGAGCCAUAUCCCAUGUUCAGCGUGGGGGCAAGGCUGAGCCUGUCAGUCGUUGGGCGCUGAACGUGGUCAGACAACACGUUUCAGGAAACGUUGAUCACGACCAGUUCGCUUGCGGGGAAGUGGAAAGCCUUGAGCAGCUCUUUGUGCCCGCCGAAGAGAGUACGGUGAGGCCAUGGGAAGACGGUGAAAGGGAACAAGAAUUCCCGUCGCUCGAAGAAAUGUUUUUUGGGAAUGUGGUGUGA